AUAACUAAGCGGAGGUAAUCGGGACUACCAACAGUAACUAUUACCCCCAACCAACCCUCCCCUUAACAGUGACACCUCUUACAAAAACGCUGUGUUUGUUGCUGUCUUUCCCUGCCAAAACGGUGAGAACCAUUCUGCUCACAAGAGACGGAGUCGCUUUCGAAGUAAUGGAUGAAAGAACAGAAGUUGAAGAAAGAGAGAGAGUGGAAGAGGUGAAGGAAGGAGUAGCAUCAAUAGCAUUAUUGCCAUGUGGGUCCAUCUCUGGGCACUUCAUUCAUGUUCCUCACUCUAUCUGCUAUGGCCUUCACGGCACUGAGUUAUCUUGCGAAAGGGAAUGCAGCAGAGGGGAGGAUUAUCGGUUGAUCAAGCUCACAGUCAUUGACUACAAUAGAAAGAAAGAACAAGCUGUUGUAGUCGAGUGUAGAGGCCAUGAUGCUGCUCGGUUCCACAACAUUGAUCAUGCUCAUGGUUGGGAGAAGGAUGUUGUAGGAAUGGUUGAACAAAAGCAUGGGAAGAAUAAGAUUCAAGUUUCAUUUGAAUGUGAGACACUGAAAGCCGAUAAAGCAGCUGAAGAUCAUAUUAUGCAGUUCAUGCCCAAACUAGCUGGGAUGGAUGCUGUUGUUAAUAUUGGAAGGAUGCGCAUAUCAGGAUUGGACUUUGAAGCAGAGGAGAACCUUUAG